AUGGCUCUCUACAACAAUGGGGCCGACGUGCCUUCACCCCAGGAAGCCUCUAAUGGCUUCUCCCAGCCCAGUGCCUCGGGGACAUGGCACAAGGGGGAGGAGGAGGUGAAGGUGGUGGAGCCCAGCCUGGUGAAGAAGGCUCACCGGGAAAUCCUGGACCACGAGCGCAAGCGGCGGGUGGAGCUGAAAUGCAUGGAGCUGCAGGAGAUGAUGGAGGAACAGGGGUACUCUGAAGAGGAGAUCAGGCAGAAAGUGGGGACCUUUCGGCAGAUGCUGAUGGAGAAGGAAGGUGUGCUCACCAGGGAGGACCAGCAUGGGCGCCAGAUGUUGAAAAGGCGUUCGAGCAGCUCCACUUCUCCUCCACCCAAGAAGAAAAAGAAGAAGAAAUCGGGUCACCGCCGGAGCCGCAAAAAGAGGAAACCUGGCUCGGAGCACAGCUGUGACAGCUCCUCACCCAUCCGCAAGGAAAAGAAAAAGAAGACUGGGAAGAAACACAGACGUGACAGGUCUGAGUCUGGGUCACGAAAGAAGAGAAGACACAGGUCCCGAAGCCCCAAGAACAAACGGAAAGAGAAAAACAAGGAACGCAAGAGGUCAGGCUCAGCGUCCCCCUCUCCACGGACCCACUCCAGGACGGACCCUCCGUCCCCCCGGAGGAACCGACACGGUGCCCGCAGUUCCCGGUCUCUCACACCGGAUCGGACCAAGCACGGGGUGAAGGAGAGACACCACCGGGGCCGGCCCAACAGCAGCUCGGAGUCGUCGGCCAAGCAUUCCCGGCACGUCUCGGAGCGCAGGAAGAGCCCCUCGCCCAGCCCCGGCCAGCGCAGCAGCUCCUGGAGCUCCAGCGGGUCCCUCUCCAAAUCCCGCUCCCGCUCCCGGGAAAAGAGGCUGGGACGCAGCCGCUCCCGUUCGCCCUCGCCCAAAAAACCUGCCAGCAGAGAGAAGGACAGCGAGCCCCGAGCGCGUCACGGCGAGCCCGACCCUGCCCGCGCCCGGCGCCGCUCCCGGAGCUACUCCCCCAUCAGGAAGAGGAGACGGGACUCCCCCAGCUUCAUGGAGCCCAGGAGGAUCACGAGGUGGGUGGACACUGCCUCAGGCACCGACGAGCCGCAGCUCGUCCCCUGCUAA